AGGAAAAAUCCUUCGAAAAGAGCAUCACAUCCGAAAUUGAGGGGCUUGUGUGUAUUUUUCCUCCAAUUUCUUAAUUCAACGGCUUAACACUUGUGGUCAAUGGUCAUCAGCCAUUUACUCUUCUGCAAGUUUGCUAACAGUGAUCACCUUUCUCUUCUUUCGUGUAUUGCACAACUCCACUCUUACUUUCCCAUUUCUACUUUCCUUUUCAAAUCAAAUCUCCAUUUCCUCCGCAAAUGCCACUCCUCUCUGAAACCUACGCGUGCGUUCCCACCACCGAGCGCGGCCGAGGAAUCCUAAUCUCCGGCGGUCCGAAAUCCAAUUCCAUCCUCUUCACCAACAAUCGAUCAGUCCUCAUCCUCAACCUAGAUAACCCUCUCGAUGUCUCCGUCUACGGCGACCAUGGUUAUCAGGCUACCGUCGCUCGUUACUCCCCCAACGGCGAGUGGAUCGCCUCUGCUGAUGUCUCCGGUACCGUCAGGAUCUGGGGGGCUUACAAUGAUCACGUCUUGAAGAAGGAAUUUAAAGUUUUGUCUGGCCGGAUCGAUGAUCUUCAGUGGUCUCCUGAUGGGUUGAGGAUCGUCGCGUGUGGAGAUGGCAAGGGCAAAUCGCUAGUGCGUGCUUUUAUGUGGGAUUCAGGCACUAAUGUAGGGGAAUUUGAUGGCCAUUCGAGGCGAGUUCUUAGCUGUGCAUUUAAGCCAACAAGACCAUUUCGGAUAGUGACUUGUGGGGAGGAUUUUUUGGUGAAUUUCUAUGAAGGGCCUCCAUUUAGAUUCAAGCUAUCUCGCAGGGAUCAUUCAAAUUUUGUCAAUUGCAUAAGAUUUUCUCCAGAUGGCAGUAAAUUUAUUAGUGUAAGCUCCGAUAAGAAGGGCAUAUUGUUUGAUGGGAAGACUGGAGAGAAGAUUGGAGAGUUGUCUUCUGAAGAUAGUCACAAGGGAAGCAUUUAUGCUGUUAGCUGGAGUCCUGAUGGUAAACAGGUUCUGACUGUUUCUGCUGACAAGUCAGCCAAAGUGUGGGAGAUCUGUGAUGAUGGUAAUGGAAAAUUGAAGAAAACAUUGACAUGUUCCGGCUCUGGUGGAGUGGAUGACAUGCUAGUUGGUUGCCUUUGGCAGAAUGAUUAUCUUGUCACCGUGUCUCUUGGUGGCACAAUUAGCAUCUUUUCUGCAAGCGAUCUUGACAAAAGUCCACGACAAAUAUCUGGACAUAUGAAGAAUGUUACAUCGUUAGCUGUGCUUAAAAAUGUCCCAAAAACUAUAUUAUCCAGCAGUUAUGAUGGUUUGAUAGUUAAAUGGAUUCAAGGCAUUGGAUACAACUGUAAAUUACAGAGGAAAGAGAGUUCUCAAAUCAAAUGUUUAGCUGCUGUUGAAGAAGAAAUUGUUACAUCUGGAUUUGAUAAUAAGAUUUGGAGAGUGCAUUUUCAAGGGGAUCAAUGUGGAGAUGCCAAUUCCAUUGACAUUGGCUGUCAGCCAAAAGACUUGAGUCUUGCCCUUCUCUGUCCCGAACUUGCUUUGAUCACAAUUGAUUCAGGUGUUGUCAUACUCCGUGGUACAAAAGUAAUGUCAACCAUCAAUCUUGGUUAUGCAGUGACAGCAUCUGCAAUCUCACCUGAUGGAAGUGAAGCAAUCAUAGGCGGGCAGGAUGGCAAAUUGCAUGUAUAUUCUAUUACAGGUGAUACUCUUAAGGAAGAAGCAGUCCUUGAGAAACAUCGAGGGGCUAUCAGUGUUAUACGUUACUCUCCAGAUGUUUCAAUGUUUGCAUCUGGUGAUGCAAAUAGAGAAGCUAUUGUUUGGGAUCGUGUCUCCAGAGAGGUGAAGCUGAAGAACAUGUUAUACCAUACUGCCCGCAUAAACUGCCUUGCUUGGUCUCCUGAUAGCAGCAUGGUUGCUACAGGUUCACUUGACACUUGUGUCAUUAUAUAUGAAGUGGACAAGCCUGCAUCUAGUCGGAUGACCAUAAAGGGAGCUCACUUGGGUGGGGUUUAUGGAUUAGCUUUCAUUGAUGAGCUGAGUUUAGUAAGCUCUGGUGAGGAUGCCUGUAUUCGAGUUUGGAGAUUAAGCCCACAGUGAUUCUGAUUGAUGAAGGUCAUCACGAAGAUACUAGGUUAAAAAACAAUAAAGUUUGGUGAGUGUGCUGAAUUAUUUUGGACUUCUGUUUGUUGUCGACUUGGGUUGUAUUGUGGUUGGAGAUAGUUUGAAGAAUAGGCAUAGUCACGAAGAUUAGACUGCCCUUUGUUGUUGUCAUACUAUGUUGGAAGUGACCAUCUUCAAACACCAGUUUGAUUGAGAGUGUAUGAUUUAUUCUCUUUUAGUAGCUCGGAUUUGGUGUUCUUUUCACAUGGCAGGUGAUUGAAGUAGGGAAAUGUCUGUAAUAUUGUAUUUUAUGCGCAUGUCUUCAUCCAAUGGAAGUUGGCAGAAAUUCCAUGCCGAUUUUACAACGGAUAUCCAGGGAUUUAAGCCGUAGAAAAUAGUAUGCUGCAAUGAAACAACCAUGAACAGAUUACAGUGGUUGAAGUGGUGAAGUGAGCUUUCCUUUCGGUUGUGAUAGGAUUAUUGACGCUAGCAUAUUGCUCCAAUUUUAUUUUUUUUUUGCUUUCUGGUGAUGGUGCUAGUGAAUGUUGUGAUAUUAGGUAUUGUUCGUAAUAGUUAUGGUAAGCGUGUGAUGAGAUGUAUUUUAGUUGUUGUGUAGCUGGUGUGGUAUGUAUUAUACUCUUGUUUUAUCAUCCUCUUAAUUUUCUGUCAUUGAAUUGUCUGCCAA